GAACGCAGCUUUAAAAGCGAAGAUAACGCCGCAUCACAAGCAGCGCUCACGCAUUCGUCCUCUUCGGACUGCCAAUUUCACCAGCAGUUGCCUCUGCGUAGCUUCGUGUUCUCUUUUCGUUGUUGUUGUGAUUGUUGACUAACUAUACAGUCUCUUCAUAGACGAGUGUGCGCAGCUCAGCAGCGGGUUCACGGCAACGGCUUGACCUCAGCGACCAGGACCUGCUCCGUCUUAAUCACUAACUUAAAAACACACCCGCACACUCACUCAAAUAUUCCAGCACACCGUCCACGACACCCGAAGUCCUUCAACUCUAACGCAAGAAAUAAAGUCAACGUUACCCGGAGAGCUGCGGCCGGCCAACGCAGGCUCGCGCUUACACCGCGUGUCUCUCUCCCUCUCCUGUCUCCCCGGUGGGUCACCUUCUACUUCAUCGGCAGCCCCCUUCUCUUCUCCUUUCACUUCUUUUUUGCCUCGUCGGUUCGCCUCUCUCCGUGCCGCACUCCGCAUGUCCACGGAAAGUAGCUCGGCCACGCCGGCACCGGCGUCGACGCCGUUCGUCUACGUGAACGGCGACAAGCUGCACCUGAUGGAGGACUAUCGCCUGCCGUUGUACCAGUACUUCCCCGAAGGCACGAAGCUGUUCGAUCCGACGUACACCCCACCGAGAGAAAUCCCGCUCUCCAGCUCCACCGAGGAGGCCGGCGUGACGCUGCUGAAGCUGCAGCCCAACGCGCAGUAUCACGCCUUCUUCAAGGACCCCCGCACCGGUGCCCUCUACGCCGCGGCCACCAAGUACGUUUGUCUGUACGUGUCGCACCUGCCCUUUAACACCACGACGGAGAUGCUGGGGCGUUACUUCGAGACGUUCGACAUGGUCAAGGCGGCGGACGUGUUCCCGGGUCCCAAGGUCAGCUGCAACGGCCGCGGCUGGGUGAUUCUGCAGGACCCGAGCAAGCUGCUGCUCAUUCCCCGCGUGCUGCAAUUCUACGGGAAGCACUUCAUCUACACCGAGCUGAGCGAUCGCGAGCCGUCGUGGGAGAAGCUGUACUCCAUGGUGCCAGAGACGGCUCCGCCACCGCCGCCGCCGCCACCGCCGCCACCGCUGCCGCGGACGCACUCCCUUCCGCACCGGAUGGACGCCUCGCCGCCGCCGAUGCCGCCGCCUCCGCCGCACAACCCAAACGUGCCCGCACCGCGCAGCAGCCUCUUGGCGGAGCGCCGUGCCCUUCCCGCUGCGCUGACCCCGAUUGGCAGCACGCCGGACUACGAAGGACCGGCCCUGCCGGCGCCGCGCAGUCAGCAGCGGCUGCAACGCGUCCCCGCAACCGGACAGCAGUCGGUGUCUACGGCAGGCAGCGGAUCUGGCUCGGCAAGCUUAACGCCCGCCAGCAGCGCAAACAGCUUGUCGAAGCCCCUGCCCGGCGUCACCUUCGUCACCUACGCGAGUGAGAAGGACGCGGAGGACGCAGUGCGGGACAGCGUCUUCUGGCCGAGCCCCGUGCUUGCAUCGGAGAUACAGGAGUGCUUGGACGGUCGUGCGUCGGCGGUAUUUAUCGUGUUUCUCAAAGCGAGUCCGCCAACCAUCUUUGGCUAUGCGAAGGUGCUGGCAAAGGAGAGCGCCGGGCAGCGGGAGGCGAAGACGUGCCCGUUGGAGUGGGUGCAGCACCACUGCUCUUUGGCCGACGCCGCCACCCGACCCUUCGCCGGGGUCGCCCUCAUGAAGCAGCGCGACGGGUCGCAGCUGAAGCCGGAGGUGGGGCAACACGUGCGGGACUUCAUCGACGCACAAGCCGGCAAGGCGGAGACGGCUUUUGCGCCGCCGCCGCCGCCGCCCAGCGGGCCGAGCAUCCCCCUCCCACGCGGCCGCGGCGGCGUCGGUAGAGGUGGUCGCAGCUUCGGUGGUCCGCCGCCGCCGAUCGGUCGUGGUCGUGGGGUCGGUUUGAUGGGGACGCAGCCGCCGCCCCCAGCGUCGUCCAGCGAAAGCGGAUUGGCCAUCCCCAUACCAGCGAGUCGUCGCGCUGCGGCUGCUGCAGCGGCGGCGUCUGCGGGUGGGUCCUCGCCGACAAGUCUGACCGGUCUCAACAGCAGCGGCUCAGGGGCGUCGCCGUCUGCCACGGCAGCCCCGGCAUUGACAGGAGAGGGCAGUCCAGCCGGGAACGGCGCCGCGACGUCCACCUCCUCCUCGCUGAGGGCCUUGCCCGCUUCUCCUUCCUCUGUGAAACCAGAAGCCACUGCUUCCGCUGCCGGGAGUACCGCAGCGAAGACACACGGGUCGUCCAGUAAUGGAGAGGCGAGCGCCCCUGUGAAUCCAGCCAUCCCGGCACCCCGCUCGACGUCCGCCGCGCGUACGCCGCAGCCGACAUCAUAG